UCAUACUUCCAUCACAAAAAAGCAACUUACACUCUUAUACUUAAACCAUACUUUUCACCUUUUUCUUCUUCACUCUUGCAGUUGUUAAUUAACUAGUUUAAUCAAAGUCAGAUCACAAAGUUCAUCUGUUAAUUAACAGUAAUGGCAAUGUCAAUGCAAGUUCAAGCCCUUCUUUCCAACUCUGUUGGUGCCUUCACUAAUGGCACCUCCAAGGCAUAUCCACUAGGGUUCAAUCCACGAAUGGCAAAACGUGUCAAUUUCGGUGUGAAGUGUAUGGCGGAGGAGAAGGUUGGAGGUGAACCAAAGCUCGACUCUGGUUUACCAAAGCCAAACCCCACUGUAUCGUCUUCACCCACCUCGAUCCCAACACCUAGACCACAACCAAAGAAAGUCAGCACAAACUUCACCGACUUGUUCGCCUUUAGCGGCCCUGCACCGGAAAGGAUCAACGGCCGUCUAGCCAUGAUCGGGUUCGUGGCUGCAAUAGCAGUAGAGCUAUCUAAUGGCACUGACCUAUUUACUCAAAUAUCCGGCGGUGGAUCACAAUGGUUCCUCGGAACAAGCAUCCUUUUUUCGGCAGCAUCAUUGGUGCCGUUGCUCCAAGGAAGCCGAGCAGAAGCUAAAACUGAAGGGUUAAUGAAUGCCAACGCCGAGCUAUGGAAUGGUAGGAUUGCUAUGUUAGGCCUUGUAGCCUUGGCUUUCACUGAGUUUGUUACCGGUAGUGCGCUUGUUUAAGCACAGUUUUUUAGUAGUUUCUGUUGGCUAGAGUUUCUUACGGAUCGAGUCGAUCAAAGUUUUCAUAUAGGAAAUGAAUUGUUUUGGGAUGAUUAACACUUUAGGGAAGUGGUUAGUUUACUGUACAAUAGUACUAAAAAUCUAAAAUGCUGUAAUAUACUACUAAUCUCCUAUUUAUUAUGAUAUGAUAAUUAUUUACUCA